AAUCAAACGUUGCAUGACGUAUUCAUUUAUACUAGCUAUAUACGUUUUUCUGGCCAGUAUUCAUCAGUAGUCAGAAUUCAUAAGUGUAAUAUCACGUAACUCGCUCCAAGCUUACUUUUUAUCAUAGAACCAUGGCUCGUCAUCUGCUCAAAACCGUUACUUUCAUUCCGCUUUUUUUAAUUAUCACUGUGUGCUUGCUUUCGCAUUGUGCCAACGGUAGGAAACGAUAUUCACCAACAUUCGCAGAUAAUGAGAGACUUUUAGAAGAAUUCAAAGAGUUCCUUGAAUGGAAACAAUCGUCUCAAGUAUAUCACUAUCAAAAGAAUGGAAAAAAGCGUAAUUCAAGGAUCUCCAAUAUUCAGGAUGACUCACAUGAUAGUAUUUAUAAUUUAUCAAUCCCACAAGAGGAAUCUGUACAUAUACCUCCGAGCGAUCAUCCAGCUUUGGUGGGCAGAUAUGUCGUUAAUCAAUCUAAUUGGACUUCAGUAGCAACAAUAAGCAGACAGAAAGAAAUAGCAACCUUUCCAUUUGCAAAUGUUGUUGCUGUCAGUGAUGGACCUCUGGGCCAUGGAUCAGGAGUACCAUAUAUGUAUUUAACGCCUUUGGACUUUACUUCCAAAGAUCUAAGUGAAGAUUCACGUGCGACUUUGAUGAUGACCUUGGCUCAAACUUCCUACUGCCAAGAACAUAAAAUGGAACCUAUUGAUCCCCGAUGUGCACGUAUCAUUUUAUCUGGAAAGAUAAAACCGGUACAUACAUAUGAUCCUAUGUAUGAAACUGCUAAAAAUGCGAUAUUUGGUCGUCAUCCAAGUCUUAAAUAUAUGCCAGCUGAUCAUGAUUUCUACUUUGCUAGACUGAAAAUCUCGUUCAUCGCAGUUCUUGAUUAUUUUGGAGGAGCUAAAUUUGUUUCUGUUAGUGAUUACUUCAAUCCACCACAAUCACUUCAAUCUUCUGAGUUCAAUACUGAAGAAAGUUCUGAGGAAAUAAAUCUGCCUUCACGUGAAGUUCAUAUUUAUUGAAAAGCCUGAUGGAAUAAUCAACAUUUAUUCCAUAUUUAUGAUUUUAUGUUGAAUUAUGAUUGAUUAUUUUAAUUUUUAUGUUUAAGCAAUCGAACAAGAUAUGAGAAAAAUGUAAUCUACGUAAAAAGAUUUUAUAAAGAAAUAAUUUAUAUAAUUGAAAUAUGUGUAAUGAUUAAAAAAAUGUACAUCUUGUCUCGUAAAGUUGAUGAAUGAGACGCCAUAUUAUAAUAAAAAACAAACAAUUUUUUCAAUUA